AUGGAGGCGGAGCGCGUCAUGUGGGUAUCCUCCUCUAGAGAUGAUCUCCGGCCACCAUACACCCAGCCAUCAAAGGUGCAACACCACAUCAUCUCGGCCACCUAUAUUUAUAGUAGUAGGGUGAAAACUAUUGUGAUCCCGACACUGCUUGACCGCUCGGCACCAGUCGCCACGCAAGUAGGCUACAUACCACGGUUACAAGAAUACAGCACACAAGGUAAGGGUAAGGGUAAGGGUAAGGGUAAGGGUAAGGGUAAGGGUAAGGGCAAGGGUAAGGGUAAGGGUAAGGGUAAGGGUAAGGGUAAGGGUAAGGGUAAGGGUAAGGAUAAGGGAAAGGGUAAGGGUAAGGGAAAAGGAAAGGGUAAGGGUACGGGUACGGGUAAGGGUAAGGGUAAGGGUAAGGGUAAGGGUAAGGGUAAGGGUAAGGGUAAGGGUAAGGGUAAGGGUAAGGGUAAGGGUAAGGGUAAGGGUAAGGGUAAGGGUAAGGGUAAGGGUAAGGGUAAGGGUAAGGGUAAGGGUAAGGGUAAGGGUAAGGGUAAGGGUAAGGGUAAGGGUAAGGGUAAGGGUAAGGGUAAGGACAAAGAUCUCUUCCAUAUGCCUCCGCAGGUUUUGGAGUUUUUUGGAUAUACUGCCAGAAGGGGGAAUGAUAACUUGGAAAAGUUACUAAUCACUGGUAAGGUGGAAGGAAAGAGACCUAGAGGCAGAAGUCCGAUACGUUGGACGGAUCAGAUUCGCACCACUCUCAACACUACAGUCCACGAUGCUCUCCACUCAGCGGCAGAUAGAAAUAGAUGGCGGAAUGUAAUACGCAGUACACUGCUUCCACGAGGUGGUCACGACCCUCAGCACUGA